GGUAGCCCCGGUAAUUCGACUUACAAAAACCCCACUGGGAACCCUGGCCAUGAGUUUACCUGUAGUGGUGACGACGCUGCUAGAGUGGCUAAAGGCCAAUGGAGGAGUCGACAACUUGCUGGAUAUCCGAUACCUUGGUAAACUUGAGGGUCAUGGCGUUUUCGCUAAGCAGGCGUUGACUAGCGGCCAAGUAACGCUGCGAAUUCCGUUCAAGCUCACGAUGAACAUUGAGUCUGCAGCCCGAUCCGACCUUGCACGCGUACUGGAAAAGUACCCGCAGAUUCCGGACGAUGAGGUGCUAGCAUUGCAUUUGAUGCACGAACGAAGCAAGCGUAGUGACUCCUUCUUUGCCCCAUUUAUUGCGUCACUACCCACGACGUUUGACUUGCCGGUGUUUUGGUCGGAAUCCGAGCUGAACGAACUCAAGGGCACCAACGUGCUGCUACUGACGCAGCUGAUGAAGCAGCAAUUGCAAAGGGACUUUGAGAAUAUUCAUCAAGCUGUGGUAGAGGAUUUCCCAGAAGUUUUUGCAUUGUUACCGACGCUGACAUUAGAGGACUACACUUGGGCCAUGAGCGUCAUCUGGAGUCGCGCGUUUGGAGUGACGAGAGAGAAAAAAUACCUGCGUGUGCUAUGCCCAGCGAUGGAUAUGUUUAACCACGACGUGAGCUUGCGUAUCCUGCUUGAUGACUUUGUUUCGUUCGAUGAGGAGACGCAGAUGCUGACGCACCAUGUACCAAAGGAGGUGGCAGCAGGAUCGGCGUUGCAAAUCAGCUACGGGCAAUACUCGAACGCGAAGCUGCUGUUUUCCUACGGAUUCGUUGCAAAGGAGAACUCACGCCGAGCUGUGGAUUUCUGGAUGAAGAUCCCGCCUAACGACCCGUACCUGAAGCUGAAGCAAACUGUCCUGGACUCGAAUGAACUCACACGCGACCAGACGUACGACUUUUGCGGCACCCUCUUCGAGAAUGAUGUCGACGAGAGACUUCUUGCUACUCUGCGUGUGAUUCUGAUGAACGAACAGGAAAUCCGCCUGUACAAAAAGGCUUUUGAGACAUCGAUUAUUAGCAUUCGCAAUGAAUUGGCUGUGUAUGAAAACUUGCAGAAUACUUGUCGCCGCAAGCUCGCGAACUUUGCUACAACUCUUGAAGAGGACGAAGCAAUCUUGGCUGAAAUGGCAACAGAGUCGAGCCCUCGUUUGUCAUUCGCUGUGCGUGUGCGUGUCGAGGACAAGCAAGUGCUUACAGGUGUGAUAGACACACUGGAGAAGUGGAAGCAGGUUCUUGCUUCCAACCUUGAAAUGUAUCCACCCAGCACCACCCGUCCGUAA